UUUCAGCAGCAUUGCUAACGAGGUGGGGAGGAUCACCUCCAGUGCUGCUGCGUCGGUUCUGAAAAACGAUAUACUCUAGCGUGGCUCUACAUCUGAGUGUUUGCUUGGUGACAACAUGAGACGCGACUUUGUGUAACAAUGCAUAACUCCCCGUUGUUCCAGUACCUUCAGGAUCUAGGGCACACUGACUUUGAGUCAUGUCCAACAGCGUCGCAGGAGGAGGAGUACGGCGGUGCAGAGGGAGACCUCAGCUCUUCUGGCCAAGAUCAGCAGAAAACCUCAGGAGGAUGUGUAUGGAGACUGGUUGAGGCCUUGCGGAGAUGGAGUCCUCUUCACCAGGCAGCUGAAUCUUGUAAGCUUGAGCAACAGCUGGACAGGAUUUUUGGCCAGUACUCGGUCAGAUGCAUCCUGGACCUGGAUGUGCUGUUGCAGGAGGACGUGGAGCUUAUCGAGCUGUUGGACCCAAGUCUGCUCACUCUCGGCUCGUCGCCCUCCGGCUCCCCCAGCCGAUUGAGCUCUCUGCCAAGACCGAGUCUUGUCCCCAGGCUGUCACUAUGGGAUGUGGCGGGGCUGGUGGGUCUGGCUGCCGUGCUGUUAGGGAUCUGCUGCUCUCCUGACAGCCUGUGGUCUCUAGCUGCUGCACUGUGGGGUCUGGCCCUGUUGGGCUGGGUGGUACUGAGGGGCCUCGCAUUGUGGAGACGAGGGCGCAUGCAAAAAGACGUCCAGACCAGGGGCAGCCGGCUUCAGACUCUGGUCAACAACAGCAAAACUCUGACGGGACUGGCCCGUAAAGCCCUGCGCUUGGUGCAGGAGACUGAGGUCAUCUCCAGAGGGUUCACCCUUUUGCUCGACAGGGUGAGUGCGCCCGGCUCCUUUAGCAGGGCGGGGCCCGGGGUGGUGCCGCGCAACCAGCAGCUGAUGGGACUCAGGAAGGUCCUGUACCGGGCUCUCCGCUCGGCCUUCAGAGCCUCGCGCAGGGCCACCUGUCACAUGCUCAAAGCGUUCCCGCUGAACUCUGAGGUCGACAAUGUGACCAACUACGUGUGCGCGGUGCCUUUGAAGGACCUGGGGCUUGGCCUGGGGAUCGAACACCUGGGGGACGAGCAGGCGCAGGAGCUGACUGAUGACUACAGCCUUCCAGCCCUCAAGAUGCUGUUCCAGCUGUGGUUGGGUCAAAGCUCUGAAUGUUUCCGUCGGCUCGCUCUUCUCCUCUCACCGCACCGAACUGAGGAGUCUGAGGAAGGCAGAACCAAAGAAGACACCUCCCCUCCUCCAUGUCUAUCACCUCCUCCGGUUCCGCUACACCGGUCCGUUGCCGCCGUGACCGAGCCCCUCCAUCGGGCUCUGGCCAGCUGCCUUGCCGACGUACAGCGCAGCUACGACUUCCACCGGCACUUCGAGAUGCAGCCAAGGAUGACUAGCUCCGACAGGAGCGGACGUGUGAAAGAGAAAUGCAGAGAGCUUAACGUCCUCCACACAUCCAUCCGAAGCCUGCAGCUCCACCUCAAGGCACUGCUCAGCGAGAUGAUCAUUUUGGAGGAUGAUCUGGAAAAGCUGAUGGUGUCUAAGGAGCUGACGGAGUUGUCGCUUGAAGGCUACCAGGGCCUGAGCGAGCGGCUGCAGCAGCUGCAGCCCCACAUGCAGGCCAGCACCAGAUGCUGGGACGACACAGUGGGCCAGGUGGAGCGCAUGCUGAGACGGGCCAAUGCCUAUCCAGGUAACUCUGACACUGAACAGUUGGGUCCUCUUGUUCCUGAGGUUCCUGCUCCUCCUCCGUCCUAUCCGCUGAUCCUGGACAGAGACCCGGUGCCAGAGGAAAUGGAGUUAGAGGCCUAUGUCUCCGACUCGGACUCCGAUGGAGAAGGGAGAGGUUCAUGGUCCGACAUGCUGUCCCCAGAGGAGCGGGAACGACAGCGGAGGGAGAGGGAGGAGUCGGGCCGCGUCCUGUCAGAGCUGAAAGCCGUUCUGGGUUUUCGUGCGUCCGAGGGGGAGAGGAUGAAGAGGAAGCAGAUGCUGUUCAGCGACCAAGCUGCUGCAUCGCCUUCAGUUCUAACUCAGAGUCCUGAUCCUGCUGCUCCGGGUUCUGUGGGCACUGCAGGAACUGGUGCUGAGGAAGGAAACUACCUAUCUGAGUGCCCUGCAGGAAACAAAGGGGAGGAAGGGGAAGGAAAGGACGACAGGGUGAGGCCCGACCCUGUUACAGAGUUCAGCUGCGGCUUGGAGGAAAGGGAGUUGGGAGGACCUUCUGUUUGUGGCGGAGGAGGAGCAUCAGAGCUGCACCAGUAUGACGGUGUCAUGGAGGAGGAAGAGGAACGUCAGAACGGUCUGGACUGCUUCCUGAAACCUAGAAUCCCCGCUGUGUCGGUGAUGGACAGGCUGACGGGGCUUCAUGGCUCAGAGACGCUCAGCUUUAGCUCCGCACUCGCCGCUCAGGUGGCGGCGCGCUCGCAGUCGCUUGUCAACAUGGAGGAGAUGAUGUUUGGAGAUGAAGAUGAGGAGGAAGAAGGAGAAAACUCCAGAACCUCAGCGAAGGAUUAGGCAUUAAGCCAACUGCUUUGACAGAGCAGAGACCGUAUUUAUGUCUGAAUGUCUCGGUCUGGUCUGUAUAACGUCCUCUUACCUUCUGAUGUUCCAUCUGUCCAUCCAUUAUUCCAUCACUGUGCUUUAUCUACAAUUCAUAUUGCUGUGGAAACUCAGGAAUAAGAACCACUAACACAAAAAAAAACAGAACCUCCCAGUGUCAGCGACGUUCGAGUUGCAGAAUAUCCUCAGUCACAACCAGAUUAUUUAAUAUCUUCAGUCUUUUCUGCAGAUGCAGAAUAAAAAUCUCUCUUUGAUUACAAUCACUUUUUAUUUAGCUGAUUGUUCUCACAACAUCGGUGUGAAUAAAGCGCCCCAGACGGUUACUGGAAACAAACUUCACUGUUCAACUCUGUGUUUAUCCACUACACAAAUGUUUGUUAUAUGAAUUUAGCCAAAUUUGUAUAUAGUCAUAACUUUUUCUAUUCUUAAAGAACAUUUUCAUUCUUUUAUAAGACAAAAUUUACCCUCAAAUCUACAUAAAUGUACCUUAUACUUAAUGAACAGCGGAAAAACUGGCUGAGCUGAUGUAUCAUUUAAACUUGGACCUCAAGCUGCCUCCUUUUACUACAGCUUGAGACAAAUAGCUGUUUUAGUUGAUGAAAUAACUUAAGACCAAAAAUUAGUUUCUGAACCUUACUACUUUCCAUUAAUAAUAAUAAUAAAUAUACAGCACCCUCUAACCUUUUGGUACCACUAUGAAAAAUGUGUAAGAAGCUUUAAAAUAUAGAAACAUUUGGAAAAAUCCAGCCUCUAAUUGGUUAAAACUUAUUCAGUAGAGGGAAAAAAAAUCCAAAUUGGACUUGCGCCCUGCUAUCCAUGUAUUUUACCAACUGAACAGGACUCGAUCUAACAUUUUAGAGUGCAAGGUUCCCAAGGUCUUUAGUAGAGAAACAGACCCACAUCAUCACUCUUCCUCCAUCGUGGACCAGUGGGCACAAAGGGCUUUGGCGUUUCACACAAAGCCAGAGUGUUUGUUGCAGAAAAGCUCAAUCUUAGUCUAAUCUGACCAAAGCAACAUGGUUCUAAUUUAAGUCCAAGUGGCGCUCACACUCCUGUUGCCUAUAAGAAUACCCAUUUGGCCAGCAGAUGGCUUGAAUUGGUUGUUAGAGUUCCAGUUGUAAUGUUUUUAAUUACUGCUCUGACCAAUUUUUAAGCACAGCUAGGAGAAAAAAUUAAAUUUUACAAAAAUGCUUUGGUUCCAUUUAGUUUAAGUUAAGAUUUGACUUUUUUGGAUUUUUCAAAAUUUUUUAACUUGGCUGCUGCAAUAAAAGGUGAAUGUCUUUUAAAGGCUUUUUAUUCAGGGUGCCAAUAGGUUUAAGGGUGCUUAAUGUUUUUAUCAGACUCAUCAUCGUUGGCCUUAAAUUACAUCUGUUUAUUGGAUCAGAUUUCAAAUGAAUUCCACUUAAUAUUCAGUCUGAAUUUGUUGGUAGUAAAUGUAGACUGUUAGACUAAAGAGGAAUGUAGAUUUUGGUGUAAAAGAAAAAGUUUGAGGCUAAACAAACUGAUUAGGAAAAUAAAGGCUAAUUUCAGGUACCUGUGCAGAGCAUGUGGAGAAAAAAAUAACUGAAGACUGUGUAGCUUUGCAGUAAAUAUAGUACAGUUUGUACCUUUGUUGGUGUAUAAACAUGAAUAGUCCUGCAGUGAAGUCCAAAAAACAAUCAAUCUGAACACACUGUGCAAAGCACGACUCAGCUGGCUUCUCCCAAACACGUGAGGGGAGAAGAGGAAGUCUUGUGCUAUUUCUUUUACAGUCACUGCCCUAUUUUUGUCCUGUCCUCCUCCUUUCCUCCAUGUCAUCUGCUCUGAGGGGGGGACCAAGCGGAGCGUACACUCACAGUGACAUGCUUGGAAAGCACUACUGUAUCUAAAGAGAACUCAUGCCUCAAAUCCUAUUUCAUCAGUGUGUGUGUGUGUGUGUGUGUGUUUACGGGGACAUGUCAGGGUUUGAAGUGUCUGAUGUGAAUGUAAUUUACUGCGGUGAAAAUUUGAAGCUUAAAACACAUUUUUGUGAAGGAAAGCACCUGAGAGUCAUGACGUUAGCCCGUCCUCCAUCCCCACCUCGUCACCAUGUUUGCCUUGUCCCAAACCUUCCUGCAUUUUUCCACUCUGAAAUAAAGCACCACUCUGGAAGUGUUGAA